UACACUCAGCGAGUAGUAUCGGAGUCAAAAUUGACAUUCGAAAAAAAGCGCAAAUAACUGUGACGCUAACUUGAAAACGCGGAACACGUCGAGAUUUGUUUUGUAUUUGUUGUAAAGAAAUUGUAAACUAUGGCAUUUACUCGAACUAAGCAUGCAACUCGAGAUCACUUGCCUCAUUUGUUAAGUAAUGUACCAGAGGAGCACCAAGAACCAAUCAAGCAAUUGUGUCUAAAAAUGAUGUCGCAUGAUGCGUAUGCCAAACCCUAUCAAUGGACUUCACGAGAUUUUGAUAUGGGCGCACCCCUAGGACGCGGCAAAUUCGGACGAGUCUACUUAGCACGCGAGCGACACUCUCACUUUAUGGUGGCCAUGAAAGUGAUGUUCAAAGAGGAGCUGCGCAAGGGCAACGUACAGCGCCAGGUACUGCGCGAAAUUGAAAUACAAUCGCGUCUAAAACAUCCGAAUAUCCUCCGCUUGCUCACCUGGUUCCAUGAUGAGUCUCGCAUUUAUUUAGCACUUGAAAUAGCCUCAGAAGGCGAGCUGUUCAAGCACUUGCGGAAUGCACCGAAUCAUCGCUUCGAUGAGCCCCGAUCAGCCAAAUACACCUAUCAGGUGGCAAAUGCACUUAACUAUUGUCAUCUUAAUAAUGUCAUACAUCGUGAUCUGAAGCCAGAAAACAUCCUGUUGACCAGCUCUGAUGACUUAAAGCUAGCUGACUUUGGCUGGUCCGCUCAUACGCCAAAUAACAAGCGAAAAACAUUAUGUGGAACCUUAGAUUAUUUGCCGCCUGAAAUGGUCAAAGGAGUGUGCUAUGAUGCCAGCGUCGAUCAAUGGUGCUUGGGUAUAUUGUGCUACGAAUUUUUGGUGGGGAAUCCACCCUUCGAAUCCAAUACCUCUGAAAUUACGUAUGAGAAAAUAAAGCACAUAGACAUGCAUUAUCCAUCGCAUAUGUCUUCCGGCUCAAAGGAACUUAUUUCAGGACUUAUACGUCGUGAAGGCCGGAUCAGCCUGGUGGAAGUUAUGACAAAUCCUUGGGUGAAAGACGGUAUGGCAAUGCGAGCUGCACAACUCUUGCAACAGAAGAACGAACGAGGCAAGGAAAAUCUAGCUAGAAAUUGAUCCAGACUUCGCCAUUCUU